UGAAAAAUAGAGCAUAACAAUAUAAUCGUCUAAACGAUUUGUGGUGAUAACCUUGCUAAAUAUAGACUAUAAGUAAACAUGUUGUGUUUCGCGGACGCUAACGCACAAGUAAAUAGGGUAGCCUCUCUAUUACAGAGACAGAACCUAAACAAAUAGACUAUGGAAGUACCAGGAGAGCUAGCUGGCCCCUCUGAUAAAGAUUUGAACUAUUUCUGCAUUCCAUGCGGCAUAGAUGGUUUAAAGGAACAAGCAUAUGGGUAUUGUCAAGACUGCGAGGAACAUCUUUGUGAAAGUUGUUAUAAUCAUCACAGAAGGCAAAGACCGUCAAGAAACCAUGUUUUACUAGUCAAGGAGAGAAUGCUACAGAGACCGAAGACCGGGAACAUAACAAAAGACCGAAUAACUGAAUUCUGUACAAAACAUGGCGACAAACCACAGGAAUUCUUUUGUAAUAAACAUGGUUCUACUGCAUGCUCUGUUUGUGUUACCCUAGAACACAAACAUUGCAAAGUUGACUAUAUUCCAGAUGUUUCAGAAAGCGUGUCUGAUGAACUAGAUACUUUGAUAAAUCGAAUGGAGACACUUAUUAAAAAAUGUAAAUCUAAUGUCAAAAAUGCUGGGACUGAGACAAUAAACGCCGAACAAAUGUACAAGGAAGUUGCUGAAGCUAUACAUCAAUUCAGAGAAGAAAUAAACGAAUGUUUAGACCGGAUGGAAGCCGACAUUAUGGCAGACGCUGAAACUUACGCACGGAGAGAAAAAUGUAAACAAGAAAAUGUAAAAGAGGAAAGUUUACAUAUCGCAGAGGAAAUGAAAAGUACAAUGUCAAUGCUCAAAGGCUUAAGUGAAGAAAACAAGCUCAAUCAGCUGUUUAUUGAGAUGAAAAAUGCUGAAUCUCAUGUUUUAAGGCUUUCAAGUAAGGAGCAACAAAUGGCAAAGGAUAGUAAAUCAGUCGGUGAUGUAAAAUUUAUCCGAAACCAAAAUAUUAUUGAUCAGUUGAGAAAGGAAAACGUUCUCGGAACGUUGUCCACAUUGAGGAACACUUCUGCAGAUUCUGCAGCAUGUGCGAAAACAGUAAAAUCAAUUAACAUGCGAUCCUUUAUAGAUAAGGAACCAUGCAGUAUUGCAGGAAUGGUAAUGAUUUCAUCCACGCAAAUGAUCGUUGCUGAUAUCAGCAAUAGCAAAAUUAAAAUGAUUGAUGUAGACAAUGAAAAGUUAGUAUCAGAAAUAUCCGUAUCAUCAGCACCACGCGAUAUUAUAAAGAUUCCACAAAAUAAACUUGCGGUUGCCUUAGUUAAUGCAAAACAUAUCCAGAUAAUGUCUUUCAAUGACACAAGUGUUGCUUUAGAUCGUUAUUUAUAUGUUGGAGAGGAAAGUUAUUGUAUAGCUUAUUGUCAGGACAAGCUAGUAGUAGGUUGUAACUACAACCCGUUUCCGUUCCCAAUGUCUUUCUUCUUUGGAAAGCUGGUUAUUCUGGAUUUAGACGGAAAUAUUAUACAGGUAUUUGAUUCCCUUAAGCUGUAUGGUGGACCUGAAAAAAUUACUAUCAGCCGUGAUGAGAAGUUCAUAUAUGUAUCUGAUUAUAAUAUCAUGUCACAGUUCAAGUUUCUGAAAGUGGAUUGGCAAGGAAAUAUUGUACAAAGAUUCCAAGAUAAAGCAUAUAAAAGACCUGUAGGAAUACAGGAGCUCGAAGAUGGUACCUUGUUGGUGUGUUACAUAGACAGCCACAAUAUUGUAAGAUUGUCGAGCAGCUUCAAGAAAUGUAGGAUUGAAGGAUUAGAGAACACAGAAAUACUCCAUCCACACGCUGUAACAUACAGUCAGAGUGAUAGUAAAUUAUACAUUAGUUGUUCAUCCAAAAAAGGUUUCUUUGGUCCUCGUGAUUUACUCAAGGUGUUUAGUAUUACAUGGGUGUAACAACACACCUGCUAUGUAUGUAUGAAAAAAGAAAGCAGGGAACACUUAUACAUAUUGUAUUAUAAUGCGUUUUAGUAGUUAAUCAAUUAGAUCAUCAUUUUAUCUUAUAUGCAAAUGUAAAUGAUCUUUGAUAAAUGAAUGGACGUUAAUGAAAAUAUCAUAUCGUUGCCAUCUUCUACAUUAGAUAGGUAUACAUACGUUAUCAUGUCUUUACAUUGACUUCUGUUGAUAAAAUUUGGUCAACAAGAUCAACAAGGAAAGUUCAAUGAAAGUGCAUACCUGAUAUAUUUAGCUUUAUUAGUCACCUUAUCAAUACAUAUUGAAAUAAAAUGAAGUGAAUGGAAUACUUUACCUCUGUCUACAUGUAGUUUGGAAAUUUCAACGUGAUAAUAUUUGAAUCGAAUACAUUUUUGAAUUAUAAAGUCUCUCUUACAUUCGACUAGAAACAUGUGCAUGUGGAACUAUUUCUUAAAAAUAUGAUCAUUGGCAUAUUAAUUACUCGGCGGGACAUGAACUCGGGAGGUUCUUGACAGUUUUUUAUUUCCUUUGAAAUAUAAACAAAGAAACGCAUAUUAAAAUUGUUAACAUGAUAAAUAGAAUACCAAACAAAUACCUGAUAUUAUAAAAUAUAUCAGACAAUGCAAAACAAAUGAAGGGCGUCUUAACCUUGCCUGAUAAAUUUUGUAAUAUCAGACACUAGUAUGGUAUUUUCUGUUUAUCAAUCACUUUGAACAUUACUUGUCAUGUUAGUCAUAAUGCAUCUUUGAAUGUUAUGAUUUAUCAUUUUAUUAAUAUCAUUGUACGUAUAUCAGACAUUUGUAACUAAAGGUUACUGUUUAUAUGACUUCCUAUAGAUAUACCCGGUAGUAGUUUGUUACAUAACAAAUCUAUUAUUACAAUGUAUAUAAUGUAUAAUAUGAACAAAAAUAAAAUAUUGUAAAUAAAUUA